ACUGUUUUUACUUUCACCCUUUGCACCUUGAAAAGGUUUCUGUUUUCUCAGCCGACAGCUGUCACAAACAUGCUUUCUUUGUCAUUACGGCAAACAUUACGGCCCCUCUUCUUCAGGGCUUCAGGAUGUUUGGGCCGAGAGGGUCAGGUCACGGCCGAGUCCUGCUGGCGAGGCCUCAGCAGCAGUGGUGGUGGGUGGACGGGACAGGACAGCUUGGCCCAGGAUGACCCAGAGAUGUGGAGUCUCCUGCAGCAGGAGAAAGACCGGCAGUGUCGGGGACUGGAGCUCAUAGCAUCAGAGAACUUCUGCAGUCGUGCAGCACUUGAGGCUCAGGGCUCCUGUCUGAACAACAAAUAUUCUGAAGGAUACCCAGGACAGAGGUACUACGGAGGGGCAGAGAUUGUAGAUCAGAUUGAGCUACUGUGUCAGAAGCGGGCGCUUACAACCUUCGGUCUGGACCCACAGCUGUGGGGUGUCAACGUGCAGCCAUACUCUGGAUCCCCUGCUAACUUUGCAGCCUACACCUCUGUGCUGCGGCCUCAUGACCGCAUCAUGGGCCUUGAUCUGCCUGACGGAGGACAUCUUACCCACGGCUACAUGACAGAUGCCAAGAGGAUCUCAGCCACCUCCAUCUAUUUCGAAUCUAUGCCUUACAAACUGAACCCCAAUACAGGUAUGAUAGAUUAUGACCAGCUGGAGAAGACGGCCCGCCUCUUCAGACCCAGACUGAUCAUAGCAGGAACCAGCGCCUACGCCCGCCUCAUUGACUACCCUCGCAUGAAGAAGCUGUGUGUGGAGCUGAAUGCCUACCUGCUGGCAGACAUGGCUCAUAUCAGCGGCCUGGUCGCAGCAGGAGCUGUUCCGUCUCCUUUUGAACAUGCCGACCUGGUCACCUCCACUACCCAUAAGUCCCUGCGUGGAUCAAGGGCUGGUCUGAUCUUCUACCGGAAAGGUGUCCGGUCUGUGAAUAAGAAAGGUCAGGAGGUGACCUACGACCUCCAGGACAAGGUGAACUUUGCUGUGUUCCCAUCACUUCAGGGUGGACCUCACAACCAUGCCAUUGCAGGGGUGGCAGUCGCCCUCAGACAGGCUUCCACUCCCAUGUUCAAACAGUACAUCAGUCAAGUGCUGCUGAACGCCAAGACCAUGGCUAAUGCUCUGCUGAAGAAAAGCUACACCCUGGUGUCAGGUGGAACAGACAACCACCUAGUUUUGGUUGACCUUCGACCACGUGGGAUGGAUGGGGCUCGAGCUGAAAGGGUCCUGGAGCUGGUGUCCAUCACCGCCAACAAGAACACCUGCCCCGGAGACAAAAGUGCCCUCACACCAGGAGGACUCAGACUCGGAGCUCCGGCUCUGACGUCCCGACAGUUCAAGGAGGCAGAUUUUGAGAAGGUUGUCGACUUUAUUGAUGAAGGGAUUCAGAUCGCACUGGAUGUGAAAAAGAAGACAGGUAACCUGGCCAGCUUCAAGUCCUUCCUGCUGGAGGAUAAAGAGACAGUGUCGCGCAUCGCAGAGCUCCGCCAGCGGGUGGAGCUAUUCGCCAGGCCCUUCCCCAUGCCAGGAUUCACUGACCACUAACUGACCACUAACACCCUACACCAUACCAUAGACAGAAGACAGUUCCCCAUCACAUCAUGGACAUAUCCUCUUUAACUUUAGAGGGUUUUUUAAAAUAAUUUUGCAAUUAUAAAGAAAAAUCAGUUUGUCAUAAACUAAUAUCAUUAUAUCUUAAUAUGAUUAAGUUAUCACAGUAACAUUUACAGUAUCUAAUCACAUCAUUCAUUGCAUCACCAACACAUUAGAUCGACUCAUGAUAUCUGACUACUUAUUUUUGUGCAAUGGUCUUACUAGCCAUUUUGGUGAGUAAGGUUUGAAUGCACUGGACACAUUUAUUGAAAUACUUUGUUGUUGGUCUGACAGUUUUUUCUCACAGUACUUCACACACAUGACUCUUGUUGGUUGUCCUUAGCUGAGAAAGAACGUCAAGUGUUUUUAGGUAUUUGGCCUUUUGUUCACUAAGCUUUUUUUUUUAGAGCAUUUAUCAAACGUCAGCCUUUGUUGCAGGUCCUGGGAAACCCACAGCAGCUGUGUUUUUGAACACCAGCUUAGUUUAUACCCACAAAACCACAAAGCAAAAAGGAGAUGCAGUUAAACAUUUUCUAACUAUUCUUUUAGGCUUUUCUUUUUAGAGAUUCUAUAUAUUCACUUUGAUUUGUUAUUUUAAAGGAUUUGUGAUUAAUAUACAUUGUCUAUACAGUAGAUCUUCUCAAUUGUAAUAAAAACAACUGAUCCUGAA